CUAAAAAAUAAGAUUUAGGUUUUAGUAUGCGUUUGUAUGAAUAUCUUAUCAAAAUGUCAAGAACAUUCGGUACCAAUGUGGUUAUGGAUCAUUUAUUCAAUAAAUUCCAUGACUUAUGCUAUUAUCUUACUUGUUUUGAGUUUGGCACAUAUUUUUCAAAAGAAGAAAAACGUCAUGGAAUUCACCUAUUUUCUAAUCGGUAUUACUUUAUAUUGGAUAGCAAGUAUAUCAGGUAUCAUUAGAUAUUAUACGAUAAUACAGAGUAACAAUAAAAAUCAAUGUGAUGAGAAAACAAUUGGAAUCAUUUUAAUAAUAUGCUCCUUCCUAAUGAUGUUCGAUGUUUGUAUGAAAAUUUUUAUGGAUAACAGGCAAGUGUAUCUGAUAGCAGAAUUACGACCACAAGAAAUAGAAUUGUCAGAGCGUUGAUAAGAACGAUCCGACGAAAGAUGUGACUAAACCUUUAAAUAAAAAAAUUAAAACAUUUUUUAUUAUUCAAACUUACUCCUUCGUUGUACCUUCAAAUAAUAUCAAAUUCUUCCACGAAACUUGAUUUACGAAGUUUUAGUUACAAUUAUAUACACUAAAUCAGCAAUCAGA